AUGGCUCGCCAACUUCACUUGAAACAAAUACCUCUAAGCACAUCAGGAGCUGGCCUGGCUGCAGUGACUCUUCUCUUGGGUGCAUUUGCCUUGUUCAUGUGUGCUUCACAUUCGCGUAAAUGGCGUCGAUGGAGUGCUUGUCAUGGGCCCUAUGACCAUGAUCCGGUUAUACAACUUAACACUGAAGAUACAAUGUUGGGCACAGGAGUUCAUGGCAUCCAUGCAGGCAGUCGCGAUGAUAGCUUGUUCAGUGGUGAACAAGAAGCUUCAGUCUGGAGGAAGAACAUUCUCAUGGGCGGGAAGUGCCAGCUACCUGAUUUUUCAGGCGUCAUCAUUUAUGACUCUGAGGGAAACGUAGUCACCCCAGCCAAAAAUCCCCGCCCACUACUCACCUGGAAGUGA